AUGAUGGGAUCAUGUGACAAAAGAAGGGGAGAACAAGAAGAAGAGGAGGAACAAAAGUUAAAGCUUCCAGGGUUUAGGUUUCAUCCUACCGAUGAGGAGCUUGUAGGGUUUUAUCUCUCUAAGAAAGUACUUCUCAAGAAACCCAGCAAGAUCGAUGAGAUCAUCAGCCAUAUUGAUAUCUAUAAAUUUGACCCAUGGGAUCUUCCUCGGUUAAGGAACACAGAGAAGGAGAGUUACUUCUUCUGCAAGAGAGGAAGGAAGUACAGAAACAGCAUAAGACCUAACCGAGUGACUGGUGUUGGGGAUGGAUUUAAACCAUCCACAAAGCCCAUCGAACAAAAGGCCCAAUCCAGCAAACCGAGUUGA